UUAAUCACUUUGAAUUAUAAGAAUAAUUUUAAGUUUAAUUAUUAUAUUUGGUGUUUUUAUAAAAACAAAAUGGUUAAGUUAGUUAAAUGCGCUGUCGAGACGUGUACAAAUAAUACGAAUAAAAAAGCUACCGAAUGUCCCUGGCUUUCUUUUCACAAGCCCCCAAGAAACAAGAAUAUACAGAAAUGUUGGUUUAAUGCUAUCGGCAAACAAAAUAUGGAUCUAACUGACUUAAGAAUAUGCAGUGAUCACUUUAGAGAUGAAGACUUUCAAUUACAAAUCAAUAAUAAAUACAGGAAACGAUUAAAACCUGAAGCCAUACCAGUUAUCAAUCAUAAGUAUAACGAAGAUGCUUUUAUUAGUGACAGGCUGUGCAGGAUAUGUCUGACCAUCGAUCGAAAAAUGUAUACCAUGAAAGGAUCAGUUAUUGGCGAGAUGUAUAUGACCUUGAGAGGGUGUUUGGUCUCAAAUCUGGAAGAUACUUUACCGAUGCAGUUGUGUUGGGUAUGCGCCGCUAGACUUACUGCCGCGACCAAGCUUAGAGAACGAGCUAUGUUGACAGAUCAGAUCUUGAAAGACUACCUUAUGAAGACUCCAAGAAUUAAAUAUCGUGAUUUAACAAUGAUUUAUGAACAACUAGAUUCCGAUGUAGUGAAAUCGAAAUUCGUAAUCGAGAAUUCAUCGGACAGCAUCGAUGGAAAGGACAGUGUUGCCGGUACAAUAAAUUCAGACUGGCAGAAUGAAUUCAAACCGAAAACUGAAAAAAUAACGUGUCAAAACUUUGAUAUAACUCAAGUAACAGUUAAAAAAGAAUUAGAUACAACACUAGCUUUCGAUGAUCAUGACCCUAGUUCGAUGAAAACCGAAAUCGAUAUGACAUUGACAAUUUGUAAUGACAUUACUAGUGUUGUGCAAGAAGAUAUCAAUAUUAACAGCGAUCUGUUGAAAAACGAUGUCGAUGUAACAACAGACAUCACGAGCAAUAGUGAUGGGAAUGAAGUCGAUGAAAUCGAUACGAAAAAUCGAUUUUAUUUUGAAGAGAUCGAUUUUAGAGAAAACGAUGUAUCUUUAAUAAAUAAUGAAAAUACUGAAGCAAUUGAAAACGGAAAACGGCAGGUUAAAAUAUUAACUGCAAAACUUGAAAGUAAAAAGCAAACAAGGCAUACUAAACAGAUAGAUGAGAAUAUAUUCACAAUAAGACACCUGUCUGAGGAGGAGGAGAUCCAGGCAGUUGUGAACAGGCAGUACAGCGAGAGGUAUCUCAAGUCACCCUACCAGUGUACGCAGUGCUAUAAGGGGUUCCCGAGCGAGGAGUCUUAUGAGAGACACGCCACGAAACAUAGUGAGAAAAUGGGGCCACACAUAUGCAAGAUAUGCAAAAUCCGAUCGGGAACGAAGACUAAAGCUAGACUUCACAUGGCGAGACAACAUACUGAAGAAAUUACUUGUAAACUAUGUUCCUUUGUAACAAGAUCUAGAAAUCUCGUGAUCGGUCAUAUGAAAUACCAUGCAGGUGAUAAGUAUAAAUGCCAACAUUGUGAUCAGGAAUUUGAGAAACAAACGACUUAUUUAAAUCAUUUACGAUUGCGACAUAUGUCUCAUUAUGUGUGCGAUCUAUGUGGCUACACGUUCGUCAAUCUACAAGGAGUCAGAACUCACAAAAAGAUUAUACAUCGGUUCAAUAAAGAUCUGGUGAUGGAGGGUCCGUACUGCGAAGUGUGCGAGGUUCGGUUCCUGUCCGAACAGGCGUACGACACUCACCUCAACCUGUCCUCCAAGCAUGUCGCCGAGGACAACCCAAACCGUAUGUCCAACGAUCGCAGUAACCAUCGUAAACUAGACAACUUUACUCGGAAACCGGUUCGUCGAGAAGCAAUCCGCCGGCGAGACAGGAACACGGGUCCUCAGAACACGAGCGUGUCUUGUGAACAGUGCGGUGAGGUAUUCCCAAAUCUCCGCGGCUAUGUCGCGCACUUCAGGAAGUCACAUCCAGGGAAGCAGAGGACUAAGUACUCGACGCAGACUACUCCGUACUUAUGCGAGCUUUGUGGGAAGAUAUUCGCGAACUACACAACCCUCCGUUAUCACAUGUGGAUACACACUGGUCAGAAACAAUACCAGUGUGAUCAUUGUAAAAAAACCUUCAGCGUGAAGGGCAACCUCUCCGGACACAUGCGAUUGCACGACAAAUCGCGACGGUCGUACGACUGUCGCAUAUGCGGGAAACAGUUCACUUCGUCUUGUAAUAGGACGAGGCAUAUGUUUCUGCACACGGGCCUGAAGCCGUUCCGCUGCUCGGCGUGCGACAAGUGCUUCGUGACGGCGGGCGAGCUGAAGGCGCACGUCGACUUCGUGCAUCUGAAGAAGCCCAGGCCCAAGCGGCUGCGGGCCAGAAACAGGAAGCCUGACGGCCAGGCCGGAUAUUAAUCAAUAAAUACUGUUUUAUAUCA